AUGGCUCCCUCUAUCAACGACUUUCCUAUUAGUGACACCCCCUCCGCCUGCCGGGUCGGCAUCAACGGGUUCGGACGGAUAGGCCGCAAUGUCCUCCGCGUCGCGCUCGCCCGAAACGACAUCCAGAUCGUCGCCAUCAACCACACCUGCCUCUCCGUCCAAGACCUCAUCUACCUGAUCCGCUACGACUCGUCCAUGGGCAAGCUCUCCCCCGACAUCCCCAUCCACGCCCUCUCCGAAACACGAAUCUCCGUCAAGGGCCAAGAAAUCGCACUCACCUCGGAGCGGGACCUCAAGAAGCUGGACUGGGCGUCGCUGGGCGCAGAGUACGUGGUCGAAUGCACCGGCAAGUUCACGAAGCGGGAGCAGGCGCUGGACCAUAUCACGUACGGGCGCGCAAAGCGGGUGGUCAUCUCGGCGCCGAGCUCGGAUUCCCCGACGUACGUGUACGGCGUCAACGCGGAUGAGUACCGGGCGGAGGAGGAGCAGAGGGUGGUUUCGUGUGCCAGCUGUACGACCAACUGCGUGACACCGGUGCUCAAGGUGCUGCAGCGGGAGUUUGGCAUUACGCAGGGGUUCCUGACGACGGUGCAUGCGGCCACCAAGUCGCAGACGGUGAUUGACGGGUACAGCAAGAAGAACCGACGGUUGGGCCGAAGCGUCUUUGACAACAUCAUCCCAACAACGACGGGGGCGGCCAAGGCGAUCGCAUCGGUGCUGCCUGAACUGACUGGCAAAGUGACCGGGGCAUCGAUCCGCGUUCCCACCCCCAAUGUCUCGCUUAUCGACCUGACGGUCAGCACCGAGGCGCCCACUUCGCUGGCCGAGAUCUUAGCGGCGUUUAGGCGGGCGGCAAAGAAUGAAUUGGCAGGAGUGCUGAGUGUGAGCGAUGAAGUGCUGGUGAGCAGCGACUAUCUGGGAGACUCGCACAGUGCGAUUGUGGACGCGGCGGCGUGCAGCGAGCUGAACCCGCAGUUUUUCAAGAUCAUGGCGUGGUUAGGGAUGGACAAAAUGGCUGACGGUAAUUACGGAAAGUUGAAAUUUAAGGAUUUUUUCGGUAAGGAAUGA